AUGGUGUCUAAUGAGCCAAGUGGGACAAUCAUGACCUUCCACCCAACCAUGGAAGAAUUUAAAGAUUUCAACAAAUAUAUUGGUUACAUGGAAUCCCAAGGUGCCCACCGAGCUGGCCUGGCGAAGGUCAUUCCACCCAAGGAAUGGAAAGCCAGACAGACCUAUGAUGAUGUCAGUGACAUGGUGAUAGCCACUCCCCUCCAGCAGGUGGCGUCUGGGCGAGCAGGUGUGUUCAUUCAAUACCACAGAAAGAAGAGGGCCAUGACAGUGGGCGAGUAUCGCCUGUUGGCAAACAGUGCACAGUAUCAGACUCCACCACACUUGGACUUUGAGGAUCUGGAGCGGAAAUACUGGAAAACGCGCCUGUACGACUCGCCCAUAUAUAGCGCUGACAUCAGUGGCUCCUUGUUUGAUGCCAACACUAAACAAUGGAACCUUGGCCACCUGGGAACCAUCCAGGACCUGCUGGAGCAGGAGUGUGGGGUUGUCAUCGAAGGCGUCAACACCCCCUACCUGUACUUUGGCAUGUGGAAGACCACCUUCGCUUGGCACACGGAGGACAUGGACCUUUACAGCAUCAACAACCUGCACUUCGGGGAGCCCAAAACGUGGUACGCGGUGCCCCCAGAGCACGGCCUGCACCUUUGA